AUGGCCGCCGCACCCAACCACGAGCGAUUCAUGCGCGAGGCGCUCGCGAUGGCGGAGCUCGCGCUGGCGACGGACGAGACGCCCGUCGGCUGCGUCUUCGUGCACAACGGCACCAUCAUCGGCCGAGGCAUGAACGACACGAACCGCUCCCUCAACGGGACGCGCCACGCAGAGUUCGUCGCCAUCUCGCAGAUCCUCGCCGCCCACCCCGCAAGCAUCCUGCACGAGACGGACCUCUACGUGACUGUCGAGCCGUGCGUCAUGUGCGCCUCGGCUCUGCGCCAGUUUGGCAUCAGAGCCGUCUAUUUCGGCUGCUGGAAUGAUCGCUUUGGCGGCACUGGCGGCGUGCUCAACAUCCACACGAGCCCGAGCGUAGACAAGCCCUAUCCCGUGUACGGCGGCAUCUUUAGAGAAGAGGCCAUUAUGCUGCUUAGGAAAUUCUACGUCCAAGAGAACGUCAAGGCACCGGAGCCCAAGACUAAGGGAACCAGAGAAUUGAAGACGGAAAUCCUCCCUGUUGACGUACCCGUCACACAGCGUCCAAAGUGA